GAAUUCGUAAUGGCAGGUUGUGGUUUGCGGCAAAAUUGUGAUUUCGGUUACAAAGCAUUUGUGUGCGAAAAACAAUAACAAACUGUAUGAACUUGAGCCUGAAGAAUGGCAAAAUAGCUGUGAAGGAUGCACGCAUAUGGUUCAGCUGUAAAGUGAAGUGAACAUCACAAAUCAAAAAACAAAAAUUCUUCACAGCAAACACAAAAAUGUAGUUGCCAAAGAAUUUAAAUCAAAGCGCAACUUAAUUACAAAGUGUUUCUAAGCACCCGCACCCAAGGCGUAAAAGCAACAAGAACAACGACAACUUCAACACCAUGCCUUGGCAACAGACGCGCUUCAAAGCGCCCAUCAAAAUCAAUCAAAAAUGUGGCAGUUGGAAACCAAGUUAUUGGCGGCGCCUGCUACAAUCAAAGCAAUGCGCGUACUAAGCAGCGCCACUGCCAACAGUUCAUUAAGAAUUUUAAAAGUGUGAAAUGAUUUUCAUGAAAUUUGAGUGCCAAAAAUCUAUCAAAAAGGUUAGCAAGCAAUUCAAGUUAACUUCACGGCAGUGAAAUUUCUAUAAAUGCUAAGUGAUGAGGAAAUAUUUAAAACAAAAUCUAAAAUCACCAGUGGUAAUGAAAGUAGCGAAAAAGUGAGAAAGUAUAUAUGAGUGAAUAAGAAAAGGAAGUGAAUACACGCCUGAAAUGUAAUGAAUAAAAUUUCUACGACGAUAAACAAGGGUGCGCAUACUCACAUAUGAGUACACACUUACAUUUUCACUUCUUGGUAAUUUACAUUUCAACCCCGUGGAAUGUUUGAUAUGAGUGAUGUUUCCGCUUAAACGCUGUAAUACUACAUAGCAUGCAAAUGUAUAACUGUCAAUAAAUUAUGACUUUGAGUGUAUCUCCAUUGAAAUUUACUAAGAAAUGAAUAUGUUAUAUACAUAUAUGUCAAUUCUAGUGGGUCUCACACUGUUCUAUAAAGCGACUGCUACUGCCAUAAAAUAUACACCAAAUAGAACUACAUAAGCAUACCGCCGUCAAUGCGAAGAUGUGUCACAAGCAUUAUAAAACGAUUAUGUUGCACGCUAAAAAUAAUAACCGUAAUAAUGCCAAUAAAAUUAACAUUGUAAUAAAAAUUAGGUUGGCAAAACAACAACAAAGACAAUUAAAACAAACACAGCAGGUGGCAAGACAUUGUGGUUUGCUGUGGCUCAGCGGAGGGAGCAGUGGAAAAUUCCUACCAGAUUUUUUGGCUAUAAAAAGAAUGUGUAUAAGUGAAGGGAAUACUUGUGGUGGAAGUAAAUUUAUGCGAAAAGCAACCAAAAAUGUAGACAAGAAGAAUGUGAAAUAAUUGCAAAAACAACGAGAGUGAUUAAAGUGAGAAGAACAACGAAAACAGCAAACGAAGCGAAGGUUAUUUAAAGCGGGCAUCUAAAGUAAUUUAUUUUAUUUAAAAGCAAUAAAAAAAACUAUUGAGGGGCAGAAAGAUAGAUUUAAAAGAAAGAUAAAGAUAAAGUGACCAAAAAUAACUUCUGUGAAAUUGUUGUUGUAAAUCUUGCCUCCAACAUUUUUACUGCUCGCCUUUGACCUGCAGCUGUGAUGCGUUUCGCAGGAGCGUGGCAUUUCCGUUAACACUCUUAUUGCUGCGUUAACCUCGCACUUCCGCCAACAAGACAGACAUUGCCUUCACAAAUCACUGCUGCACGAGUUGCUGGCGUCACUACUGCACUGCUGCACUUGCAAGCUAAGCGUCGCUGCUGGCGUUGCGUGGCCUGACGUGGCCUCAACAGCCGACGCAACAAUUUGCAAUGCAAAUGAAUUGAGAGGCAACAACAACGCAAACAAACAACAACUACCACAACAAAAUAUAAAACAAAAACAAAGUAUUAUAAUAAACCAACAACAACAAGAGCAUAAGAUUAUUAAAAAACGGCAUUGCAUAGCGACGUCAGCGCUUUCACCUUUAAAUUGCCUUCACUGCGCAACGCUUCAUCCCUUUCCUUGCGUUUCGUUUCGUUUUCUAUUAAUAGAAAGUUUCACACUUUCGACAGCGCCACUGUCGCCGCCCUUUGCCAGCCACUCCACUUAAAUAAACCUUCGUUUAACAACACAUAUACACCUUUACCUGCCACAACAGAACGUCGCCGCCGCCGCCAUGAUAACACGCUUGUACAACACCGAGGAGGACCCGGCGCUUUGUUCCUUAAUUUGGGGCAGAAACUUGAGUGCGUCGACGAUGAGCGAACAAAUCGAUGAGGAUGGUGCGACGACGAUUGUCGGUAGCGUCGCUGGCGCAACACCAACACUAUAUAGUGCGCACAGCAGUUUUGGUGUUGGUAGCAGCAACGCCGAGUCAGACAUAGUAAUCGGCAGCGCGGCGGUGAGUGGUGCCGGCGGCAGUAGUUUACGUGAUGAUUUUUUCAUUGCCAACGAGUUCCCUGAGGAUCCACGCACAGAGGCUUUACGCGAGUACUCUUACGGCAUUAUUUUACCAAUAAUCUGUUCGCUCGGCAUCAUUGGGAAUGUCCUUAAUCUGGUUGUACUGACGCGAAGAAAUAUGCGCGGAACGGCUUAUAUUUACAUGAGAGCCUACUCCACCGCAGCAUUGUUAGCCAUCGUAUUCGCCAUACCAUUCGGAAUGCGUAUGCUGGUGCAUAAGGAUCGCGGACGUUGGGAAGAGUUCGGACCGGCUUUCUAUACAGCACAUCUAGAGCUGUUUCUCGGCAAUGGUUGUUUAGGUGUGGGUGUAAUGAUGCUGCUAGUGUUAACCAUCGAGAGAUAUGUCUCAGUGUGUCAUCCAGGUUUUUCACGUCCGGUCAUGGGACCGCCUGGCAUUGUUGUGUUCCUAACCACUCUGGUUACAUUCAUCAUUUACACGCCAAGCGUGUUUCGUGGUGUCCUAGUCAAAUGUAUAUUACAAACAGAUGGCAACUAUGUUUACUUUCGACGUGAUAACAAUGAAUUCCUAAAAACGCUUUUUUACUCGGUCUACAAGGUAAUGCUCGAGGUGAUAUUCAAACUAAUACCAACCGUAUUAAUUGCUGGCUUAAAUAUGCGCAUUAUGUUGGUGUAUCGAAAGACUUGUCAACGACGACGUGAGAUGCUCAUUUCACGUUCGAACUGUGUACGCGAUGAGGAUCCAAGAAAAUUCGCUGAAGAACGAAGAUUAUUCUUAUUGCUAGGUAGCACAUCCAUAUUGUUCCUCGUUUGCGUAUCUCCCAUGGCCAUUGUACAUAUGACGAUUGCUUCCGAAGUACUGCCGAACUUUUCAUUUCAGGUGUUUCGAGCAUUGGCUAAUUUAAUGGAACUUACAAACUAUUCUAUAACAUUCUACAUAUAUUGCCUAUUCAGUGAGGAUUUUCGAAACACGCUGAUACGCACUAUAAAAUGGCCUUGGGUUAGAACGAAAUUGUGUCACCAUGUCGAUGAGAUCUCAAAUGCCAGAGCAACGCCGUUAAUGCAUUUCAACAAAAUCGCAUUACGUAAUCACCAUAUAACGACGACAUCGGGUGUGUGUACCGGCAUGGGCCGAUCAAGUAGUAUUUGAUUUGUUAUAUACGUGGCAAUGUAAUAAAAAUUAUUAUAUGCAUGUAUUAUAUAUGGUAAAUAUACGAUCGAAUGUAAUUAUGAUAAAUCCUAUAAAAGUUGAAAUAUAAGUAAAUAAUUCAAAAGGUGGAAAAAAAGUAUUAAAAAAAU